CAGACAGACCAGACCACACACGCCCGACCUACGCUUCGCGCCGAAGCCACUCAACUCUGCCCACACCACCAUGGCCGCAGGACUCACCGACUGGGACGAGGCCCAGAUCCGCAUUGGCAACAUGAAGGCGCCCGAGCCGACCGAGCCGUACUACCCUGAAGUCACGUAUGAUGUCGGGAACGGGAAGCGGCUGACAGAGGAAAAGGCCGAGGGCAUGGGCUCGGAUGAUCUGGACGAGUGGGACGAUGACGACGACGAUGAUCUGGCGGUGUUGCAGAUGAUCAAGGCCAAGCGGCUGGCCGCGCUUCGGGCACAGAUGGCGUCGGCGUCGCGCGGUGUGACUGAGAUCUCGCAGUCCGAGUACAUCAAGGAGGUAUCCGAGUGCAGCGAUUGGAUUGUGCUCCAUCUGUACCAGGACGACAAUCCGGCGUGCCGGGUGGUGCACGCCGCCAUGGAGCGCCUCGCGGCAUCGCGGCCGGUCCCGGUCAAACUGCUGCGCAUUGUCUCGACGGCAGCCAUCCCCAACUACCCGAACGACCUGGUGCCGUCCAUCUUCUUCUACCACGAGAAGAACCUCGUCUCCAAGCUCGUCUCCAUCAAGCAGCUUCCGGGCGGGCUCGGCUUUAACGCCGAUGACCUCGAGUGGAUGCUUGCCUCGCUCGGCGCCAUGGACACCGACAUGGAAGAGAAUCCGCGCGCCGACGAGGAGGAGUUUGACCGACGUCGCCUCGUCAAGUCAUCGUACAUCGGCAUGGCAACCUCGCUCGAUGAUCUCGAGGCCAUGUAGUCGCCGCUGUUUCAAUCGCCUUUCGUUCCUGCAUCGCACCUGAGCACGACUAGGUGCAGAGUAGGUGCAGGAGAGGCAGAGAGAGGGAGAGCUGACUAUUUUCAGACAUCCAACAACGUCGUGGCUCGUGUCCGAUCCGACAGGCAUGCACACCACGGGCACCUGAGCCGAACUCGCAUCCCUGCCGUCUCCUCGCCUGCGCAGCAGCCAUGCACUGCAAGCGGGUCGAUAGUAUUGAACGCAUAGCAGCACCCGCGAUA